AAAAGAUAUGGUAGAUCUGUAAGAAGUUCAGUUAAUAUAAAGUAGUUAAGGAAUGAAUGGCAUGAUAGUAGAUUAAUAUGUGUAUUGUUUAAUUUGAAUACAAGUUGAUUCUAGAAUCUAGCAGUUUUAUAUAUAAGCCUAGGUCUAUGAUUUUAUAAUUCAUAAUCAUAAUGAGUGCCACAAGAACGAAAACAGUUGCAGCACAGGUGUGGAGAAAUGCUCACCUGAGUCAAUGGAAUGUCACCAAUGUCAAUGUGACUGACUCACCAGUCUGGUCAGCCAAGUUCACCAUACCAGGCCUGACACAUGAAAGCUUUGACCGCGAUGGUAAUCCAAAAAUAACCAGUGUCAUGUUGACCUCAGUCAUUGCUAGACAGUAUGUCCUGCACAGACCUUACGAUAACUCUGGGAGCAUUUUCCUUGACUGGCCAACCCUGACCGAGGACAGGUUCACCUUUGUGUCCUCCACCCAGUUCAAAAUGUCCCGGUCCUUGUACACGCCGGUGACCCCCAAAUGGCCCCUUGAUGUUGAGUUUGUUCUUGGUUUUGUGGGGAACUCUUCUAUGGCCAGCGUCUCUCACUUCUACAAUGAGGGUAAAACAUUGGAGCCUCUGUGGACGCAGAUAAAUCAACUGGUCUCCAUUGAUAAAACAACCAGAAAGCCUACACCACUGCCUCAGUGGUUUAAGGAUAAAUAUGCUGGGAAGGGAUGUAUGGAUAAGGGCCUAAUCAUCAAGCCCUUCGAUCGUCCUUCUCUUACAUACAACCAUUCUGUUGUGGUGAGAUGGUCAGACACGGAUAACUACAAUCACACAAACUUCGCCAGCUAUGUGCACUGGACCAUCAAUGCCAUCCAUGAAGCCAUCUUGAUGCAGGAGAAAAAGAAGAGUUCUAAUGUCAGUGCUGAUUCACUGCCAAGCAAUGCUUUACCCGGGAUCAGGAAGGAUAUAAUAGCUAAUGGACUCAAGGAUCUGCAGAUUUGUUACUUAAAGGAAAGUUUAGAAGGCCAAUCUUUAGAUGUACAUGUGUGGCAAAAGAAUGAUGAAGAUAACAUUGUGUGUUCAUCUAUACUGAGGGGAGGGGAGGAUAUAUGUCAGGUAAAGCUAGAAUAUUUUACUUCUUUAGAGGAUGAAAUGGCCAUAAUGUGAGUGUGUUAAUGCUGGCCAACAUGUGGGUUCAUUUUCAUACUGGCCAUCAUGUGAGUUCAUGUUGAUACUGGCCAACAUGUGAGUUUAUGUUGAUACUGGCCAUCAUGUGAGUUCAUGUUGAUACUGGCCAUCAUGUGAGUUCAUGUUGAUACUGGCCAUCAUGUGAGUUUAUGUUGAUACUGGCCAUCAUGUGAGUUCAUGUUGAUACUUGCCAUCAUGUGAGUUCAUGUUGAUACUGGCCAUCAUGUGAGUUCAUGUUGAUACUGGCCAACAUGUGAGUUUAUGUUGAUACUGGCCAUCAUGUGAGUUCAUGUUGAUACUUGCCAUCAUGUGAGUUCAUGUUGAUACUGGCCAUCAUGUGAGUUCAUGUUGAUACUGGCCAUCAUGUGAGUUCAUGUUGAUACUGGCCAUCAUGUGAGUUUAUGUUGAUACUGGCCAUCAUGUGAGUUCAUGUUGAUACUUGCCAUCAUGUGAGUUCAUGUUGAUACUGGCCAUCAUGUGAGUUCAUGUUGAUACUGGCCAAUAUGUGUUCAUGUUGAUACUGGCCAUCAUGUGAGUUCAUGUUGAUACUGGCCAACAUGUGAGUUUAUGUUGAUACUGGCCAACAUGUGAGUUCAUGUUGAUACUGGCCAUGAUGUGAGUUCAUGUUGAUACUGGCCAACAUGUGAGUUUAUGUUGAUACUCGCCAUCAUGAGAGUUUAUGUUGAUACUGGCCAUCAUGUGAGUUCAUGUUGAUACUGGCCAUCAAAUGAGUUCAUGUUGAUACUAUUGUUGUGCAACUGUGAUCCUAUUAAUAUUAUAGAAUAAUUUAUUGUUUAGUUUUCUUUGCUUAAAUUAAAAAUCUCAAACUUAUAUCCUGUUGAUGAUAGAGAAAAUAAAAACAUAAACCAGACCUAAUUGAGUUUAAUCAGUUUAAAUAUCAAGAUUAACAUAACAUCAAAUGGAUCUAUUUAUUAUUAUUUACCAUCAAACAUUAAAUUUUUAACUAUUACAUAUUGUAAUGUAAUUGUGUUCUAUUAAAAUGUUUUGUAUUUCCAAAGGUCACAAAAUAAACACAUUUUAAACAUCAUAAUCAGUAUUAUAAUAAGCACUUUACCUGAUGUAGUACAACUUGGCACAGAUUUUAUCCCACCUGAUGUUGAAACAAAUUGAUCAGAUUAUAAGUGACCAUUACUGAAUACACUUUAAUUUACCAGACUAUUUUUCGGCUCUCUAUUAUAAAAAUGUAAAAUUAUAAACAUUUGUCUAAAAAAUGAUUGUUUUUUUUUUUUUUACAAUAAAUUGUGUUCACAUUUGAUUUUACCAUCAUCUGAUUGGUAUCCAGAAAUUUAUCAAAUGUAUAAGAAACAAACAAAACAUGGCAAAAUAAACACU